AGUCUUAACUCUCCCUCAGGCUGAUACUGACACACAGACUUUACUAGCGCUGUGUGUGUGUGUGUGUGUGCUGGUAUGAGGAGUGUUGUGCUGGUGUUUUUCCUCAGUGCGAUGGCUGCAGUGGUUCAGGGCUCGUGUCCUCAUGUGUGUUCGUGCUCUGCUGGUGUUGUGGACUGCAGUAAUCGUGCUCUCACCACCGCCACGCUACCCUCGUCCUUUCCAGCGUCCACCACUGAGCUCCUGCUAAAUGAAAACCACCUAACGGCUCUGCCCACCGGCCUGCUGGACGCUCUGCCCGCCCUGCGCCGCGUCGCCCUGCACGGAAACUCCUGGGCCUGCGACUGCGCCAUUCUUUACCUGAGGGGCUGGAUGCUGAAACGUGGCAGCGACCCGUCUAUGCGGAACGUGUCGUGCAGUUCUCCUGCUCACCUGCGGGGGCGCCUGAUCGUGUAUCUGCCGGAGCAGGAGCUGCUGGACUCGUGUCGGUACUGGCUGUGUAAUUUAGCUCUGGCGUCUCAGAUCAGCCUGUUGGUCUUCAUUGGCGUUCAGGCGCUCCUGUUGGCUUCCGUCAUCUUCUUCCUACGCCGGUUUGAGCGGCUCACCGAGGAGGCACAGCGUACAGCAGCCGAGAGCUUCACGGCAGAGGAAAACGCGGAUCACAAUAGCGAAUACGUCAUGCUGAAGGACAGGAGCAUGUAGAGCUGCGGUCACUGCGUAUCGCAUAUAAUUAUAAUAAUGUAUAAGUGUCCAUUUUACAUUCAUUUCCUUUUUAUUGCAUGAUACUUUUCCAAAAUACUUAGAGUUGUAAGUUAAAGGGAUAGUUCACCCAAAAUUAAAGUACAAAUCAAAUCAAAACUAACCAUUUUGUUAGCUUACAUUGCUGGUUUUGUGUUGAACUGAAUUCAUCUGUGCAUGUCAUCAGGGGCGCAACUACACAUUUACUGAGGGGUAUGCGGGUUCAAAUUUUGUGUGUUAUAUUAAUUAAUUAAUAAUAAAUGAAGACAAAUUUUCAGAUCAAUCUUAUAACUUUUGACAUUAUGUAUGAUUUGACAGUUUAUUUAGAUAAAAAUAAAAACAAAUCUAAACAGUUACAUCUACAUGAACACUUUCGGCUGUGGGACUGCAUGCUAUUGUGUUAAAUGAUUUUGAAUUAAACAAUAACAAUAUUAUAUUCGUUUAAAAUGCAAAAUAAUGUUUUUUAACAAAACAUAUUUAUUUUUAUUAUUUUUAAUAAGGAUAAUUUUAAAAAUAGUUUUGGCACAACGGCGCCCCCCAUGUGUGGCGCCCCUAUGCGCCGCAUAUACUGCAUACCCCCUUGUUGCGCCACUGCAUGUCAUUAAGGGAAAUACAUUGUUUGCCCUUUUAAUCUAAAGAUUGAAUUAUGAAAAUGCACUUCCUGUUUGUUUUGAGGUAAGUUCACACUAGAUGCAGUAUGCGCAAAUAAAUCGUGCUAUACAUGCAUGAAUAGACGCCUGAAGAUUUUGAGUUUACUCGUUGCAUUCAAGCAUCAAAUUCGCACGUGAAAUUCACUUCACAGUAGACGCAGAUUCCCGCUAUGGGCAGGGCUUCUGUCUGCCCGGUGACUUUAGCUUCAUAGCUAAUGGCUAACAUGGAUUUUAUUGAGGGAGUAGCUGUGCUUAUGUGAUUUAGGGAAUUUGAAAAACAGCGUUAAUUCGUUCGGCACUGUGUCUGAGUCCACUAGAUCCUUUCAGAGGUGCACCCAGCUCUGUGAGUUCAUUAACUCUUCCAGAAACUUAACCUGGAUGAUGGAGGCUUUCAGCGGGGCUUUUGACUGAACUGAGCCCAGUUUGAUGAGCUGUUGUCUGGCGUCGGCAGGAGGAUUUCCACUCGGGACACCAACUGCAGGCGCUACGUCAUAAUAAAGUCCCAUUAAGGCAAGUCAUUUCACUCGGUGGCCAUCUUUAAAACGCCUCUUGGCAGGCACGUGCACACAUAGGGCUCAACCUGUGCAGUGAACAUGGUCUUUUUAGUCUUGGAUAGCUAGUGCCCUUCCAAAACGAUCAAAAGUGCUCCCGCGACACACCCUCCCUCCCGCCCUUCAGUAGGCGUGCGACAACACCACUCUUGAGUACCCGUUCUUCGGAAUAUCUUGUUUUGUUUUCAACAGAAGAAAGAAACUCGUGAAAGUUUAGAACAGCUUGAAUGCGAGUAUAAUAAUUAUUCAUUUUUAGGGUGAACUAUCCCUUUCAUGGAGUUUAGACUGUUUACUGUAAAUUACCCUAGUUGGGGAUUGAAAAUUAGACUGAAAUUAAUGUCUUUUGUAAAAUUAAGCUCUUAUCUAAAUUGUUGAUCCACUGGUCACAAUUAAUUAAAGUAUUUUGCUGUGUA